CCGACUGUUGCAAUACACAGGUUUAAUCCAAUGAAAGCGACCGUAGUGCAACAGAUGCACAUUACGUCACAGUAGAUGUUUCCAGUAAACGACAUAUCCCAGAAUGCACCGCGACUUCUGGUGACAUCCCCGCUAAGGCAUGCUAUCAUCUGUUCCCACCAGGCUACUUGCGCGAAGGUCGCGCAGCCUGUCACCGUGCAGUCGCGUGCUUAAAACCAGCGCUAGCGGUGCCACGUGCCAGGGAAUCCGCGAGACUCCCGCCGAGGUGAACCGUAACCCCAUCGUGUCCACCUCCCGGGUCUCCAGGAGGGGGAUUUUGGCUGAUGAGACCGCUGGAGCCAGUGUGAAGCCAGCGAUGCAGUACCACCAUCUCGCCCCUAGAUGGCUGUCCAACCUGGAGAAUCGCCGCAGCUCCUGGGCGGCUCUGGCCAGCAGAGGGCGUAACAAUAACCAGUACUGGGAGGAGAGCAGCGGGGGCGAGGGCCGGGGAACAGGUGGAGGACCCUUGCGGGCAGGAGUGGCCUCUGCCGGGGUGCUCUCUGCUGCGGCCGUGGCCUUCUGUCUGAAGAGAGACACUGAUAACAAAGGUGAUGCUCUUCUGGAGGCAGCAAGGACCAAUAACGCCCAGGAUGUGACCAGGCUGGUAAAAGAGGGGGUGGAUCCAAAUCACCGUCACCGUCUCGGCUGGACCGCUCUCAUGGUGGCUGCUAUGAAUCGACAGCACAGCGCGGUGAAGGUCCUGCUUGAAGCCGGUGCCGAUCCAAAUGCCGGCGAUCAUUUCAACAACGUUUACGACACAUCACGGGAGAAAGGCAUCCACUCGCUGGAAGUCCUGGUGUCCAGAGAGGAUGAGUUCAGCAGCAGGCUCAGCAGCAGGGCUGGUUUCCGUGAUUGCACAGCGCUUCACUACGCCACACUGGCUGAUGACCCACGCACUGUCCGCAUGCUGCUUGAGGCUGGUGCCAACCCCCUGCAGACCAAUGGUUUGGGACACACAGCACAGGCCUAUGCUAAGGAGGGAGAAGUGAGCACAUUGCUGAAGGAGUGGGAGGGCAAGUUCCUGGAGUUACAGGCUCGGCGAGAGGCAGAGGAAAGGAGGAGGUUCCCCCUGGAGAGGAGGCUGAAGGAGCACAUCAUUGGACAGGAAGGGGCCAUCAAUACGGUGGCUUCAGCCAUCAGGAGAAAGGAGAACGGGUGGUAUGAUGAAGAGCAUCCUCUCGUAUUCCUCUUCCUUGGCUCAUCAGGAAUUGGAAAGACGGAGUUGGCCAAACAGGUGGCUCGUUACAUGCACAAGGACAUUAAAAAGGGUUUCAUCCGUAUGGACAUGUCCGAGUUCCAGGAAAAACACGAGGUGGCAAAGUUUAUUGGCUCCCCACCAGGAUACGUGGGACAUGAAGAAGGCGGUCAGCUGACCAAGCUGUUGAGGGCGUGUCCCAAUGCCGUUGUCUUGUUUGAUGAAGUGGAUAAGGCCCACCCCGAUGUCCUCACUAUCAUGCUGCAGCUCUUUGAUGAGGGUCGUCUUACAGACGGUAAAGGAAAGACCAUUGAAUGUAAAGACGCCAUCUUCAUCAUGACGUCGAAUGUCGCAAGUGACGAGAUAGCCCAGCAUGCACUGCAGCUCCGUCAAGAAGCUGAGCGGGUCAGCCGCAGGAAGCUAGCCGAUAACCUCGAUGAUGUGCAGAAAAGUGAUGACAUUAAAAUCUCCAGACAGUUUAAAGAAACUGUGAUUCGACCAAUCCUGAAGGCUCAUUUCCGGAGGGACGAGUUUCUCGGUCGUAUCAAUGAAAUUGUGUAUUUCCUGCCAUUCUGUCACUCAGAGCUGCUACAGCUGGUCAGCAAAGAGCUCAGCUUCUGGGCCAAAAAGGCUAAGCAGCGGCAUGAUAUCACUCUUCAGUGGGAUCGCCCAGUUCUGGACCUGUUAGCGGGCGGGUAUAACAUGCAUUAUGGAGCACGUUCCAUCAAGCAUGAGGUUGAGAGGAGAGUCGUCAACCAGUUAGCUGCAGCGUACGAGCAGGAGCUGCUGCCCAAGGGCUGCACGCUGCGUCUGUCUGUCCAAUCAGAGGGCCAGAGAGAGCGGGGCACACCCAGCCUGCGCCUCGAGGUGGUAGGAGAGGACAGCUCAUCAAGAACACUGGACAUCCGUCCACCACUCAGCCCUGAACACUAACAACAAAGUGUUAUAAGUUCAAGCAUAUAUAUCCCCAUAUCUCCACUUGGAUCAUCAUCAUCAUCAUCAUCCACUGUCAGGAAGAUGGGUAGUUCUUGAUGGAUAUUCCAAUAAAAGUACCUCUGAUAAACACAACAUCACUGCCUCUGAUUCAGCACUCACAUGCAGUAAUUAUAUAUAAAGCGUUUACAUAAUAUUUGCCAGUGAUCUGCUGUAUAAUCAACAAAGUUUGUGCGGUAGAUUUAAACAUUCAGAGUAGUGGACAGUCUCAUUUGCUGACCAUGAAACGUAUUGUUUCACUGGCCGUCAUAUUAGCUGGGUGGAAGCUUGUCUGCAUUAUAUUUGUGUGAGACUGAUCGCAUUAGCUGCUACAUACUGAUAACUUCAUAGUGUAGAACAAUGAAAAGCUAAAACAUUUAGAGAUAUUUUAUGACUGUGACUAGAAAAGUGGCUUUAAGUUCCUGACUUUAAGAGGAUCAGUGGCAGUUACGGAGCCUGUUAAGCUGAAGCAGAGUGGGCAGGAAUGAAGAAUUAUGUACACAGAAAGAAUUAAAUUGACAUAUUUGUAACUGGUAUUUCAACUUCAUUUUUUUCCCCCUUCAUUUCUCGUAAAGUUGCAUCAAUAACAGCCACUUCCUCAUUUUGCUGUGAAAGGAAAAAUGUAUAACCAAAGAUAGUUUGACCAUAUAUAUUUUAGCACAUUUCACUUAGUGUGGAGAAACUCACACCAGCAGAGCUACACUGACAAAUAUGUAAACACAACCUGCUUAUUCUUUUUAGUAAAGAAUGUGUUAGUGAAGAAAGUGCAUUUGAAUUAUGGUUGCUAUAACUGCCUUGUAAAUAGUUUCUGUUGAUGCAUGUUAAUGUAGAGAAGUCUAUCACAACCGCGAGAGACCUCGGCUGCUUUACAGUUUGUGUCUCUCUGACAUUAAGAGAAAUUUAGUCAUAAAGAAAAAAUAUUCAAAGUGUUGCAUCAUAAAUGUUUGAACAGCACGCUGCCAAGGCACCAAGUGUAAUCAAGCAACAUCUGUCAUUCCUGUUGCCCAACCUCCACCAUGUAAAUAAAGUCA